UGCGAGCUUUUGACUGAAAGAUCCUUAGUUCACGCAGUUCAUACAGUGCAUCGAUGUGUACAAGUGUCGGAGGGACAGCGUGCGGUGAAGUCCAUUUUAUAUCACUGUCCACGUUAGCGAAUUCGGUGUGCAGCGCCUUGUCUCCGCGACAUUACGUAAGCUAGUUGCAUCAGCUGUGAAUGUAUGGUCGCGCUUCUGUAACAUUUGACAAUUCGCUCUGGUAUUUGUCACUUGUGGCGCGCUACAGGUGUUCUGGAGGAAGUUCCGAACCGUGGUUUGCAUGGGUUUAGUCUGCUACCGAUGAUAUGGAACUCCAUUACUUACUGUUUCCGAGGGAUGUAUAUAAUUAAGCUGCGGUGUUCUCUCUAUGUAUGGCACGUUAUAAGUUAUAAUACAGACAGUGGUAUUAUGUAAUACUCCAUUACCAGCCGCCUCCCAAUUAGCUUUCCAUUUCUCAAGUUAUCAAAACGCUGAUACAUUCUUGCCGACUUCAUAUAUUUUCCAUACAGCCCAGUAGGUCAGUCGGUAGCAGGUUUCAUAAAUUACGAAAGCGUGUGGCUUUUAUUGGCAACUACGGUUCUCAUUUCCAAACUGUCAGUCUUCGUUAGUUUUAGAAAAAUUGUAGACGACGUCACUAAUUAUUCGCAACUCUUACUUCGCAACCGCUCUGUAAAAUUGGAAUAAUAUAGCUCAUAUGAGCAAUCCCUUAAGCAGGAUUAAAGAAGAAAAGUGUCGUACAUGUGGUAGACUAUGAUCAUAACAUGGGGUCCAUUGCUUUUCCUAGUUUACGUUUUAGAGGAACGUUCCUUGUGGUAAACUUGCGUCGCUUUCAUUCAAACCUUCUUGUGUCGUCGAAGAGCACGUGGGCAGAGAACCGUUCGAAUUAGGUGAAAAGGUCACUACUUACUGCGGGAAAAUAGUACUUUUCUGCGACAUGGCAGCGUAUGAACCUUGUGCGGGAAAAUAUAAUUACCAAAUGUCUGCCGGAGUUCGUGGACGGUCAGCGAGUAUCCCAGUGGCGAUUGAAGGUCCCGUUGUUUCGUGGCGACGUCUCCGAGGCUCCCUUCACUGUAGAGAACCUACUAGCACGUAUUCGCCAGCUCAUAUCUGUGAUUCUCGUAGUGCACCAGUGGAACUCUCAGAGUAUUACCAGGGUCGUCGCGGGUCCUCUGGAUCCGAUCCGAACAUGAGUAAACGGUUUAUGGGAAGCAUGCCAAUGUCACCUGACAUCUCAAUGGCGUCCUCCAGCAGCCGAUGCUUGCGUCGUUCUUCAAAAAACCUGGCGCUGUGUCAGGUGCAAAGCCCUCACCACGUCAGGUCACAAUCGUUUCGAGCUUUGAGAAGGUCAUCUCCGCAACCACCUGAAGAUAUUGGCUUCCGACCCCGAGUGGCAACCAUGCCUUCAGACUUUGGCAAGCGACAUAGCAGCGCCAGUUUUCGCGGCCACUCUCCGGCAACUCUGAACACGCUAUCGGCAGACAGCGGCGCCGACGAUCAAUUCUAUCUGCUUCGUCACUUCAGUACCACGUCGAAGGGCACCGUUAUAAACCGUGGCGACAUGUACCGACAGCGCUCUCGGAGCAACAACAGUGUCACUUCAACAAAUUCUUCGAUGACGACGGCCUCUUCUGACGCAGACACUUGCCGAAGUGCCAUAGAAUGUCGCGUGGUCGUCCUCGGAGAUGUCGGGGUGGGCAAAACAGCGCUCGUCACCCAGUUUAUGAGCUCCGAGUGCACCAACACAUACGAAUGCUCUCAAGAUGAAGAUACCGUCAAGACCGUGUCUGUCUUGCUGGACGGAGAAGAAUACGAGUUGUCGUUCGUGGAUUUUCCUCUGGACUUCGAUCUACUCGAGGGUGCGAGCCAUUUCCUGUUGGAAGGGGAUGCAAAAGACGAGCCUCGGCUGGAUAUCCCUGGAGAUGCCUACCUGGUCGUCUAUUCGACCACUGAUCGAAGUAGCUUUGAGAAAGCAGUCGACCUACUCUUUGAGCUGAAAAGAAAAGGCAAAAUGGCGACCAAGGCCGUCAUUCUAGUCGCAAACAAAUCGGACCUUGUGCGCUCGAGAGAGGUGUCAACGGAAGAGGGCAAAUCAACAGCUCGUGCAUAUGAGUGCAAGUUUACAGAGACAUCUGCAGGAAUUGGUCACAACGUCGAUGAGCUUCUAGUUGGCAUUGUGGCCCAAGUACGACUCAUGUCUCAGCAAAAGGCAGACUUUGGUCAGGGUGCUGCAUCUAGUAAGACAGCCUCACGAAAGAACAGAGGCUCACUUGGACGGGCCAGCAGAUGUUUAGGCAUCAUUGAGAAGCUUUUAAACCGCCACGCUAGCAAGAGUGUCAAGUCCAAAUCCUGCGAAAACCUUCACAAGCUAUAGGAAAAAAAGAGCAUCUAAGCACACACAUCCGUACAAAGCAGCUGAAAGUUGUGGUUGUAUAAAGCAGAGUGGAUAAGUAUAUAUGGUGUGUACAAGGGGUAAAGAAGCGAGCAUGAGGCAAAAUGCGCGAUAUAAUGGAAACUAUUGAAUAAACCUGUUAAAUUAAAAGCAAAUUCCUAGUUUGGAGGGGGCAAGAAGUCCCUUCUUGAUCCGUCCGUCUAUGAUAGCCAUGAAGGAAACCAAUGCGUGGACCGGCAAUCAUAUAACUAGCAAAUUUUCUACUAGGAAGAUUUAUUUCGAAGGAGAUCUUUCAGCCUGCAAAUGAUCAGCAUGCCCACAUAGGAGGGACAUGUUUAUCUGCCCUUCUUAGGACCCAUACUUCUAGAAUUCCCUCCUGUAUUUCCUAACCGAUACAUAGAAUCAUCCUAACAUCGUCCUUCGACAGAGUCAGAACUAAUGAUAGGGCUCUUGCUGUUACUGAACACAGAAGAGUCGCGAAAUGCACCUUGCAUGCCAUAUGAGUUGUGGUCAAAUCCAUGUGCCUCAUGCUUGCAGACAUAUCAAACAGGGUAUGGAAGUAUGCCUUCGUUUGGCUUUAUAAUAUCCCCGCUCUGAAGUAUCCCAAAGAAAGUUAUUUUACUAUGCCCUCUAUAAUGAUUGUGCUCCUGACAUGUUGCAUACAGGUGAAGAGAAUAGCAAGUGGCCUGAUUUGGGAUAAAUUUAAACCAUGUCGUAUGGAAGGCACCUUUAGCAACCAGCAUACAAGUUUCUUACAUCGUCCAUUGAAGUGUCAGCAGGGUCUAUAUCAUGGUGCUCUUGUGUCACUGGUGCUGCUGUAACUCUAAAGUACAUGCUGUUGGGAAUUACUGUAUUUCCUCACUGAAUUAACGCACCCCCUGCUUGGGCGUCCAAAUGAUGGUAGUUUUGAGGGGUUAAAAGUGCAUUAAUUAUGUGAAUAAAUAUGGUGUAUCGAGAGCAUAUAUGUACAGUGUGUUGCGUCAGAACUGAACUUGAGUUUUACUAAACAGGCAUUAUGGAAAAUUGUAACUGUGUGAGUAAUGUUCAGAGUUGCUGUUCCCAGGUUCUGCCACUAUUUGUGUUAGUAUUCCUUACCAGGUUUGGCAAAGCUACAGGGAUAUCAUUAUUUCAAAAUUAUUUAGCUUAGUCUUCAACAACCCAAAUGGAGUACCGUAUUUUCACGCGUAUUAGAAGCACCGCAGAUAAGCCGCAGGACUCGUUUUUAGAUACAUUUUGAAAAUGUUUUUGCAGAUAAGCUGCGGGCAAUACGACGCGACUGCUUUGUGCGCUAAACCAGUGAUGCACAAACAAAAUCAAUAGAGACGCUCAACGCUCGUCGACGCCGUACUCCCUUCCAGCUGCCCUGUUCCCGUACUGGUCCGCGACGUCGACGACUUUUAGUUUGAAGCCGCUGUCGUAGCUGUGCCUCCGCAUUGGAGCCAUGCUUCACCUCUAACUGCCGUGCCCGUGUCCACGAAUGCUGCUGCUCUGGUCAAAUGAGAACUGACGCUUAGCUGACCACGUUUUAUCCCGAUGUCAGGUGUAUUGAACCCUUCCUGUGGGUCUGCCGACAAAGGAGACCGUAGGGAAGGCCAUAAACCCUGUGGUCCACAUUCCGGUGUCGGCAUAAUGUAUAACAAAGGAGGUCAGUUCUAGUGUUCUAAUAAGAUCGGAUUGUGCCCUUUGUGCGUGUUUUUCGUGGAUUGACGAGUUAGUGGUGUUCCAAGAGACAUUAAUCACUGUCACCACUUUUGUUAAAGCUGCGUGGGGGAAUGUAUUCGGAAGGUCAGUCCACUCGAAUGUGGACCCGCCACUGUUCGGUAUUGUUCGUGCAGUGGCAGGGCGGUCCUGCUCCGAAAAACAUGAGGCACUGUCGGCCCUUUCGUUUAAUCCGGGGUAUGGGGAAAAUACCAGGAAAAAAUAGCCAUCAAAUAAGCCGCAGAGCGUCCGCGAAAAAAAAAAAAAAAUCGCGCAUAAGCCGCGGCUAAUACGCGUGAAAAUACGGCAAUUGAUUUAGUUAAUGAGAAAUGUGAUUGUAUUUCAAUUACAAUUUCCAAUUAUUUUCUGGGAAAAUAUUAACAUGAGCAAACUUACAUAGAAGAAUGUAAAACUUCUGAACACUAGACUAUGAGGGGGAAAAAAGCUAUACAAAUGAAUCUAAGGCUCAAACCCACAAGGUUAAA